ACUUUUACGGUUUUACCACCCAACCACCGCCCCCCGGCCCCGUUUACCACUCAUAUGAAGUACCUUGGUGUAUCUGUGUACUGCUUGGAUGUUAGCUAGCCAUACUUUAACCAAUACACCAUAUUUACUUGAAAUCCUACUUAAUAGGCCGAGUUACCGUGUGGCGUCCAAACCAGCUAUCCCCCGGAGAAUGAGACGAACCUGAGCUGCCACAGGAGGAGGGAAAAGUCGCUAUUUGUAGCCCCGUUUAAUGUUCAGCAAGUCGGAGUGUCUUUCAUGAGGGAACUCGCAUUGAAUUCCGUCAGCUCGAACAGGGAAAAAAGCGAUAAACAUCCGCAGUGACGCCGAUUGUUACGAGACAAGACUAUACCUGCCCACAUAAAGUCAACUGAGGAUGUUGUCUUGGCUAAGUGAGUGUCUAUGGGCAGACUGGAUUUGGUUCCCGGGGGGCUUCGGAUGGGCCGACCUCAAAGACUCCAAAGACGUGGUCCUGCCUCAAGCUCGGGACCUGUGGGCUUUUAUCCCCAUGGCUCUCUGCUUCCUGGUCAUUAGGCCGAUAUUUGAAAGGUGGGUAGCGAUCCCGCUGGCAUCUCUGCUGGGAGUGAGUGACAAGAGACGUGUUUAUCCUCUUCCGAAUUCCACACUGGAAGCGUUUUUCUGCAACAUAUCUAAGCAUCCCACGCAGACCUCUUUAGAAAAGCUAAGCAAGCAGACAGACUGCUCAGUGCGACAGGUGCAGCGAUGGUUCAGGCAGCGGAGGAACCAGGACCGACCCAGCAAGAUCAAAAAGUUCCAGGAAGCCAGUUGGAGAUUUACCUUUUACUUUGUUGCUUUCUUCGCCGGCCUGGCAACCCUUAUUGAUAAACCAUGGUUCUAUGAUAUGAAGAGGAUGUGGGAUAACUUCCCGAAAAUGCCAGUAUUACAGUGUCAAUACUGGUACUACAUGACUGAACUGGGCUUCUAUGUGUCCCUGCUUGUGAGCGUAGCGUCAGAUGUCAAACGUAAGGACUUUAAAGAGCAAAUAGUUCACCAUGUUGCCACCAUUGUCCUCAUCGGGUUCUCCUGGCUGGUCAACUAUAUCCGGGGUGGGACUUUGAUCAUGUUAGUGCACGAUGCAGCCGACUAUCUUAUGGAGUCAGCCAAGAUGUUCAACUACGCAGGUUGGAAAAGGACCUGCAACUGCAUCUUCACAGUCUUUGCCGUUGUUUUCAUCAUCACCCGCCUUAUCAUUUUCCCUUUCUGCAUCAUACACGCCACGUUGGUGUACCCUUUGUCACUCUACAAACCAUUUUUUGGCUUCUACUUCUUCAACGGGCUCCUGUUGGUGCUGCUGACUCUGCACAUCUUCUGGGCGGUUCUCAUCGUCCGCAUGGUCAUCAAGUUCCUCCCUGGCAACGACAUCGUUGAGGACGAGCGUAGCGACAAAGAGGAGACGGAGUCCGAAGACGAAGACGUCAGCGGCGAACGCAACGGAACCGUGAAAAACGGCCACGUCCUCAACGGUCACUCUCACACCCUCAACAACAACCGUAGCAAGACGGACUGAAUGGCGGACGACGGUGAGACGAGGAAGCUGUGCCAGAUUUCGCCCCCCCCCCCCCCCCCCCCGUCAUGUGGUACCUGGAAGCCAAAGAGCGGGAACGUGGCGUGAAGAGAGGCAACACACACACACAAUAUUAAUAAUCCAUUUUAACAAUAACCAUAUCACCAUUAAGUGCCUUUUAAUACCAUAAUAUAGUUUCUCUCUACACCCAAUCUUACGUAGUUGUCGCCACGUUCCUCUAGUCCGAAGACACUUAGAGGUCUUUAAUCUCGAUGGGCUGCCUGCGACUUACGCAAUAAAAAUGGUGCACAAGUGAAGGUGCACCGUCUUAGUACGGACCACUGCUUGCACAGCAAAAUGAUAAAUGAUAAGAAAUUUUAACAGUUUGUGCUCGCCCGGCGAGGCCAAAAACUGAGAAAUUAUUUGUUGUUAUGCCUUUUCUCCAUGCACACACACACACGCACACACACACACACACGUCCGUAAUCAUUUUAACUUUCGCCUAUGCUUAAUGUGUAUUUUUUUUAGUUUAUGUGAUGUUUGCUUUCAGUUUAAAUGACACAAAAAUAGUUGUAGACUUAAACAUAUACACCCAAGGUGUCCAACGUGUCAGUGUUAUUUUGGAACCUUGGUUAGCGUCAUUCAUUUGUCCCAGAAGGUCUGACUCUAACCAAAACGGACGCUAACCAAAAUUUUUUUUCCCCAUUAGAAAUAAUCUAAAUCUAAUUAAUUUGUUCCAGCAAGCCAAAAAUGUUAACAGAAAACUCUUUUUAUAAAAAAAAAAGAUUGCUACCAAGUCCGACACUCUUCAGGCGAGAGGCGGCGUACACCCUGGACUGGUUGCCAGUAUUCAAAAACACUGACACAAAAAUAGUUGUAGACUUAAACAUAUACACCAAAGGGUGUCCAACGUGUCAGUGUUAUUUUGGAACCUUGGUUAGUGUCAUUCAUUCUUAGUGUCAGUCUGACUCUAACCAAAACGGACGCUAACCAAAAUUUUUUUUUCCCCAUUAGAAGUAAUACAAAUCCAAUUAAUUCGUUCCAGAAUGCCAAAAAUGUUAACAGAAAACUCAAUUUAUAGUUUUACAAUUACAAUAAACGCUCGCAUUAAAGCGUCAUUCAUUUGUCCCAGGAGGUCUGACUCUAACCAAACCGGACUCUAACCAAAAAAAGAUGUCCCCAUUAGAAAUAAUAUAAAUUCAACUAAUUUUUUCCAGAAAGCCAAAAAUGUUAACAGAAAACUCGUUUUAUAGUUUUACAAUUACAAUAAACGCUCGCAUUAAAACGUUAUCAUCGUUUUUCAGGAAUAAAUUCAUAAAUGAUUGUAGACUUAAACAUAUACACCAAAGGUGUCCAACGUGUCAGUGUUAUUUUGGAACCUUGGUUAGCGUCAUUCAUUUGUCCCAGAAGGUCUGACUCUAACCAAAACGGAUGCUAACCAAAACUUUUUUUUCCCAUUAAGUAAUAUAAAUCUAAUUAAUCUGUUCCAGAAUGCCAAAAAUGUUAACAGAAAACUCGUUUUUCAGGAAUAAAUUCAUAAAUGAUUGUAGAAUUAAAUAUAUACACCAGGGGUGUCCAACGUGUCAGUGUUAUUUUGGAACCUUGGUUAGCGUCAUUCAUUUGUCCCAGAAGGUCUGACUCUAACCAAAACGGAUGCUAACCAAAAAAUUUUUUCCCCAUUAGAAAUAGUAUAAAUCCAAUUAAUUUGUUCUAGAAAGCCAAAAAUGUUAACAGAAAACGUGUUUUAUAUAAAUAAAAAAAAGAUUGCUACCAAGUCCGACACUGUCUUCAGGCGAGAGGCGGCGUACACCCUCGCCAGUAUUCAAAAACACUGACACAAAAAUAGUUGUGUAGACUUAAACAUAUACACCAGGGGUGUCCAACGUGUCAGUGUUAUUUUGGAACCUUGGUUAGUGUCAUUCAUUUGUCCCAGAAGGUCUGACUCUAACCAAAACGGACUCUAACCAAAAAAAAAUUUCCCCAUUAGAAAUAAUCUAAAUCUAAUUAAUUUGUUCCAGAAAGCCAAAAAUGUUAACAGAAAACUUGUUUUAUA